UGUUUAAAUUGACACAGCACCAUCGGAGGGGGGUCAUCUAUUCUUGUUUGAACAAUUGUUUCUCCUCACACGUAAGGACGAACCCCACACUGCCAAUAAUUGACGAGUGUUUUAUCUGUUGGUAUGGAAGACUUUGGUAUGUUCCACAGUGACACACAACACGGGUUCCUUGGUUAGAAACAUCGACCAGGUACCACUGCAUUCUCUGCUGAUGAGCGGCUAUAUACUUUGGGUGAGCGGCUUAGUAGGACCUAAGUACAAGAAAUAAUGUCCCGGUACAGAAGCAUACGCAUUGAUAUCCAUAACAACCUUAAGGAAACGGUUGCUAAUGGUUACCUAAGCAGGUCAUUCAACGGCGGAAGAAACUAUGCAAUGUGGAAGACCUACUUCCGCCGGAACUUCUGUAAUUUGACAAGUCACGAGGACUGCAACGCAACGCGAGAUUUGGCGUAUCUCGAAAGAAAGGGGCUUAUAAAAGUAGGAGAAUAUGAUGUCCUUCUUGAUGUGUUUAGAAAAAUUGACGAAAGAGCGAUACAGUAUAUAGAAAAGAGAACAUCCGAUAUCAAGGCAGUUGGUAAAGAUGUCCGAAAAAAGAAGUGGGCUCGAUUGAGGAUAUUGGUUAAUUCGAACAUUCUAAUAGAGGCACAGGAAAAAUUGUUCUCCGAACUCUUCCAGAUGAUAGCAGAUCAUAUGAAAUCUCCACACUGGGCCUCAGACUUUGAGACUGUGACCCGGAUGUCGAACGUUAUGUCCGACAAAGCGGAUAUGAACUCCAACCUGGCGGAAUUUGUGAACAACAUUGUUCAAAAGACGUCACAACUUCGAGACAUGACCGAUGACGUCAUCCACAAAUUCGUCAUCGGAUGUCUAAAUUUAGCGAAGUCACUUCGAAACGAAUUCGGGUUCGAAAUUCAAAAAAUUCGAUCGAAGUGUGUGGAUUUUUAUGGCGAAUUCGCUAAAGAUCCCGAUCAACAAUUGGAAAAUAAACUCCGCGAUUUCGCAUGCGCAGAAAUGUCUAACCUUCUGUCACUGGCGGGGUUCAGCAAAAAUGAGUUGAAUUUACGAUUGGAGAUACACUACUUUCCAAGGAAUAUCUACGAAAAAAUCAUUCUUCACUGGGAUUUCUAUCACCAUACGAUGCAUUUACAAAAGUCCAAAUCCAGGGUGUUUAUGAGCCAAGAUUUUAUUUACAAAGAUGGUGAAAGGACGAGGAGUACUAAUGCCAGUCGGUUAUCCUGAGGGAAGCGUUCUCGUCUCUGGAGCGUGGGUCAAAACUAGGAAUAACUUAUUUUCAAACAUUUUUGCAUCGACAAGUACAUUUAUUGUUUUGAAAAUAGGGUUGUAGUAAAACUUAUAGCUGUACAAAUGUACAUUCUAUUCUUUGUUUAACGCGUUGUCCCAAUACACAGGCGCUUAUCUUUUAUUGUGUUUUGUGUGUGAAUGCUACAGGUUAUAUAUAUAUAUGUAUAUUGACAUUGUUUUUUCCUCGUUAACUUUAUGUUUACACAGUUUAAACUUGUGGUUUUCAUAUUCACUCUAUAUAAACGUUAUGAUGAGUCUUAUCUUA